CCCUUCGGGGGCUCAUUUAUCGCCAACCCUCGUAAGAAAACAUUAGCUAAAUUACACUUCCUUUGGUUUUUUUAGCGUUUUUUGGCUCCUACAAAGCAAAGAAAAUGAAGCUUGUCUUCGUGACAUUCCUGCUUGUUUCUCUUAUUCUAAGCUCCUCUCUCUUCGAGGUGUCAAUGGCAGGUUUCUGCAAUUCCAAGUGUAAGAUAAGGUGCUCAAAGGCAGGGAUUAGAGCUAGAUGCUUGAAAUACUGUGGAAUUUGCUGUGCGAAAUGCAAAUGUGUUCCAUCAGGGACAUACGGGAACAAGCAUGAAUGCCCUUGUUACAGGGACCUGAAGAACUCCAAGGGCAAGCCCAAGUGCCCUUAGAUUCUUUUUGCUUUAUAUUUUGUAUUUCAAUCACUUUUCCUAAACAUCAGGACCCAUUUAAGGAUUCCAUUAGGCUAUUUAAUUAAGGUUUAUUUAAGUCAAGUUUUUACCUAGUAUAUGUUAAUGAAAAAAAAAUAUGGGUCCUUUCAUGGUUUAUAA